GUGGAUACAAAUGAUUUCCUUAUCCACUUUCCCUCAUAAUAAACCUUCCACAUCUCAUCACUCAACUUAUCCUCUAUUUUCUGAAACAUGGCUGACUCUAUAUUCACUUUCACUAUUACCAACCCCCAACUUCACACCUCUUUCCAAGCAUCAAAACUGCUUAGGCAGUGCCCAAGAACUAGACUUUUUAAUGGGUGGCAGCAGGUUGAAGGAAGCAAGAAGAAAAGGUCGGCUUCUUUAAGCAAAGUAAAUGCAUUACCAGACUGGCCUCUAAUGGCAAUGCUAGUUCAGCAUACAGAAGGGCAACCAGAUUUUACAACUAUCAAAUCUGUCUGGCAUCUCAGUGAUCAAGCAAUAAAGAACGUUUAUGUUUUCUACAUCAUGUUCACUGUCUGGGGAUGCAUGUUCUUUAGUGCCACAAAAGAUCCAUAUUAUGACUCGGAAGUUUACAGAGGAGAUGGAGGAGAUGGUACUGGGCACUGGUUCUAUGAGAAGCAAGAAAAUAUGGAAGCGGAAGCGAGGGCAGAGUUGUGGAAGGAGGAGCUAAUUGAAGAGAUUGAGCAGAAGGUUGGAGGACUUCAAGAAUUGGAAGAAGCUGGCAGGAAGUAAUAGUUAACUGUUGCAUGUUUUGCCAUUCACUUAAUUUCACCAUUCACAC